CACAGUGGUGAUCUGUAGCUGCGUGAGUGUAUGGAACAGCAUGCCAGCAUCAGCUCAGAUAUCAUUAUUUACACCACGUACUCCAGAAAAAGCAGGUCAUCAAACUUGCCUUUGAAGAAUUUGAGCUGGAGCGAGGCUAUGACACCCUGACAGUCGGUGAUGCUGGGAAGGUGGGAGACACCAGAUCGGUCUUGUACGUGCUCACGGGAUCCAGUGUUCCUGACCUCAUCGUGAGCAUGAGCAACCAGAUGUGGCUACAUCUGCAGUCGGAUGAUAGCAUUGGCUCACCUGGGUUUAAAGCUGUUUACCAAGAAAUUGAAAAGGGAGGGUGUGGGGAUCCUGGAAUCCCCGCCUACGGGAAGCGGACAGGCAGCAGUUUCCUCCAUGGAGACACACUCACCUUUGAAUGCCCGGCGGCCUUUGAGUUGGUGGGGGAGAGAGUUAUCACCUGUCAGCAGAACAAUCAGUGGUCUGGCAACAAGCCCAGCUGUGUAUUUUCAUGUUUCUUCAACUUUACGGCAUCAUCUGGGAUUAUUCUCUCACCAAAUUAUCCAGAGGAAUAUGGGAACAACAUGAACUGUGUCUGGUUGAUUAUCUCGGAGCCAGGAAGUCGAAUUCACCUAAUCUUUAAUGAUUUUGAUGUGGAGCCUCAAUUUGACUUUCUUGCGGUCAAGGAUGAUGGCAUUUCUGACAUAACUGUCCUGGGUACUUUUUCUGGCAAUGAAGUGCCUUCCCAGCUGGCCAGCAGUGGACAUAUAGUUCGCUUGGAAUUUCAGUCCGACCAUUCCACUACUGGCAGAGGGUUCAACAUCACUUACACCACUCCAUGUGGUGGACAUCUGACAGCGUCCAGCGGAGUCAUUUUGCCUCCUGGAUGGCCAGGGUAUUAUAAGGAUUCUUUAAAUUGUGAAUGGAUCAUUGAAGCAAAACCAGGCCACUCUAUCAAAAUAACUUUCGAUAGAUUUCAGACAGAAGUCAAUUAUGACACCUUGGAGGUCAGAGACGGGCCAGCCAGUUCAUCCCCGCUGAUCGGCGAGUACCACGGCACCCAGGCACCCCAGUUUCUCAUCAGCACCGGGAAUUUCAUGUACCUGCUCUUCACCACUGACAACAGCCGCUCCAGCAUCGGCUUCCUCAUCCACUAUGAGAGUGUGACGCUAGAGUCAGACUCCUGUCUGGACCCGGGCAUCCCUGUGAACGGCCAUCGCCACGGCAGCGACUUUGGCAUCAGAUCCACAGUAACGUUCAGCUGUGACCCGGGAUACACACUAAGUGACGACGAGCCCCUCGUCUGUGAGAGGAACCACCAGUGGAACCACGCCUUGCCCAGCUGCGACGCCCUGUGUGGAGGCUACAUCCAUGGAAAGAGUGGAACAGUCCUUUCUCCUGGGUUUCCAGAUUUUUAUCCAAACUCUCUAAACUGCACGUGGACCAUUGAAGUGUCUCACGGAAAAGGAGUUCAGAUGAUCUUUCACACCUUUCAUCUUGAGAGUUCCCACGACUAUUUACUGAUCACAGAGGACGGAAGUUUCUCCGAGCCCGUCGCCAGGCUCACUGGGUCAGUGUUACCUCAUACGAUCAAGGCAGGCUUGUUUGGAAACUUCACUGCCCAGCUUCGGUUUAUAUCAGACUUCUCAAUUUCAUACGAGGGCUUCAACAUCACGUUUUCAGAGUAUGACCUGGAGCCGUGUGAUGAUCCUGGAGUCCCUGCCUUCAGCCGAAGAAUUGGUUUUCACUUUGGUGUGGGAGACUCUCUGACGUUUUCCUGCUUCCCGGGAUAUCGCUUAGAAGGUGCAACCAAGCUUACCUGCCUGGGUGGGGGCCGCCGUGUGUGGAGUGCACCUCUGCCAAGGUGUGUGGCUGAAUGUGGAGCAAGUGUCAAAGGAAAUGAAGGAACAUUACUGUCUCCAAAUUUUCCAUCCAAUUAUGAUAAUAACCAUGAGUGUAUCUAUAAAAUAGAAACAGAAGCUGGCAAGGGUAUCCACCUCCGAGCACGAAGCUUCCAGCUGUUUGAAGGAGAUACUCUCAAGGUCUACGAUGGAAAAGACAGUUCCUCACGUCCACUGGGCACCUUCACUAAAAAUGAACUACUGAGGCUGAUCCUAAACAGCACGUCCAAUCACCUGUGGCUGGAGUUCAACACCAAUGGAUCUGACACCGACCAAGGUUUUCAACUCACCUAUACCAGUUUUGAUUUGGUAAAAUGUGAGGAUCCGGGCAUCCCUAACUAUGGCUAUAGGAUCCGUGAUGAAGGCCACUUUACUGACACUGUAGUUCUGUACAGUUGCAACCCGGGCUAUGCCAUGCAUGGCAGCAACACCCUGACCUGUUUGAGUGGAGACAGGAGAGUGUGGGACAAACCGCUACCUUCGUGCAUAGCGGAAUGUGGUGGUCAGAUCCAUGCAGCCACAUCAGGACGAAUAUUGUCCCCCGGCUAUCCAGCUCCUUAUGACAACAACCUCCACUGCACCUGGAUUAUAGAGGCAGACCCAGGAAAGACCAUUAGCCUCCAUUUCAUUGUUUUCGACACGGAGAUGGCUCAUGACAUCCUCAAGGUCUGGGACGGGCCGGUGGACAGCGACAUCCUGCUGAAGGAGUGGAGUGGCUCUGCCCUUCCCGAGGACAUCCACAGCACCUUCAACUCACUCACCCUGCAGUUCGACAGCGACUUCUUCAUCAGCAAGUCUGGCUUCUCCAUCCAGUUCUCAACGUCAAUUGCGGCCACCUGCAACGAUCCAGGUAUGCCUCAAAAUGGCACCCGCUAUGGAGACAGCAGAGAGGCUGGAGACACCAUCACAUUCCAGUGUGACCCUGGCUAUCAGCUCCAAGGACAAGCCAAAAUCACCUGUGUGCAGCUGAAUAACCGGUUCUUUUGGCAACCAGACCCUCCUACAUGCAUAGCUGCUUGUGGAGGGAAUCUGACGGGCCCAGCAGGUGUUAUUUUAUCACCCAACUACCCACAACCAUAUCCUCCUGGGAAGGAAUGUGACUGGAGAGUAAAAGUGAACCCGGACUUUGUCAUUGCUUUGAUAUUCAAAAGUUUCAACAUGGAGCCCAGCUAUGACUUCCUACACAUCUAUGAAGGGGAGGAUUCCAACAGCCCUCUCAUUGGGAGUUACCAGGGCGCUCAAGCCCCAGAAAGAAUAGAGAGUAGCGGAAACAGCCUCUUUCUGGCGUUUCGGAGUGAUGCCUCUGUGGGCUUGUCGGGGUUCGCCAUUGAAUUUAAAGAGAAACCACGGGAAGCUUGUUUUGACCCAGGAAAUAUAAUGAAUGGGACAAGAAUUGGAACAGACUUCAAGCUUGGCUCCACCAUCACUUACCAGUGUGACUCUGGCUACAAGAUUAUUGACCCCUCAUCCAUCACCUGUGUGAUUGGGGCUGAUGGGAAACCCUCCUGGGACCAAGUGCUGCCCUCCUGUAAUGCUCCCUGCGGAGGCCAGUACAUGGGAUCAGAAGGAGUAGUUUUAUCACCAAACUACCCCCAUAAUUACACAGCUGGUCAAAUAUGCCUCUAUUCCAUAACGGUACCAAAGGAAUUCGUGGUCUUUGGACAGUUUGCCUAUUUCCAGACAGCCCUAAAUGAUUUGGCUGAAUUAUUCGAUGGAACCCAUGCACAGGCCAGACUUCUCAGCUCGCUCUCUGGGUCUCACUCAGGGGAAACAUUGCCCUUGGCUACGUCAAAUCAAAUUCUGCUCCGAUUCAGUGCGAAGAGCGGUGCCUCUGCCAGGGGCUUCCACUUCGUGUAUCAAGCUGUUCCUCGUACCAGCGACACCCAGUGCAGCUCUGUCCCUGAGCCCAGAUACGGAAGGAGAAUCGGUUCUGAGUUUUCGGCAGGCUCCAUCGUCCGAUUCGAGUGCAACCCGGGAUACCUGCUUCAGGGUUCCACGGCGCUCCACUGCCAGUCUGUGCCCAAUGCCUUGGCGCAGUGGAACGACACGAUCCCCAGCUGUGUGGUACCAUGCAGUGGUAAUUUCACUCAGCGAAGAGGUACAAUUCUGUCCCCUGGCUACCCUGAGCCCUACGGAAACAACUUGAACUGUGUAUGGAAGAUCAUAGUUACGGAGGGCUCGGGAAUUCAGAUCCAAGUGAUCAGUUUUGCCACGGAACAAAACUGGGACUCCCUUGAGAUCCACGACGGUGGGGACGUGACCGCACCCAGACUGGGAAGCUUCUCAGGCACCACGGUACCAGCACUGCUGAACAGUACUUCCAACCAACUCUACCUGCAUUUCCAAUCGGACAUUAGUGUGGCAGCUGCUGGUUUCCACCUGGAAUACAAAACUGUCGGUCUCGCUGCAUGCCAAGAACCAGCCCUCCCCAGCAACAGCAUCAAAAUCGGAGAUCGGUACAUGGUGAACGACGUGCUCUCCUUCCAGUGCGAGCCUGGGUACACCCUGCAGGGCCGUUCCCACAUUUCCUGUAUGCCAGGGACUGUUCGCCGUUGGAACUAUCCGUCUCCCCUCUGCAUUGCCACCUGUGGAGGGACGCUGAACACUUUGGGCGGUGUAAUCCUGAGCCCCGGCUUCCCAGGUUCCUACCCCAACAACUUAGACUGCACCUGGAGGAUCUCUUUACCCGUCGGCUAUGGUGCCCAUAUUCAGUUUCUGAAUUUCUCUACCGAAGCUAAUCAUGACUUCCUUGAAAUUCAAAACGGACCUUACCACACCAGCCCCAUGAUUGGACAAUUUAGCGGCACGGAUCUCCCCGCGGCCCUGCUGAGCACGACGCAUGAAACCCUCAUCCACUUUUACAGUGACCAUUCGCAAAACCGGCAAGGAUUUAAACUUGCUUACCAAGCCUAUGAAUUACAGAACUGUCCAGAUCCACCCCCAUUUCAGAAUGGGUACAUGAUCAACUCGGAUUACAGUGUGGGGCAAUCAAUAUCUUUCGAGUGUUAUCCUGGGUACAUUCUAAUAGGCCAUCCUGUGCUCACUUGUCAGCAUGGGAUCAACAGAAACUGGAACUACCCUUUUCCAAGAUGUGAUGCCCCUUGUGGGUACAAUGUAACUUCUCAGAAUGGCACCAUCUACUCCCCUGGCUUUCCUGAUGAGUAUCCGAUCCUGAAAGACUGCAUUUGGCUCAUCACGGUGCCUCCCGGGCACGGAGUUUACAUCAACUUCACCCUGUUACAGACGGAAGCUGUGAACGAUUACAUUGCUGUUUGGGAUGGUCCCGAUCAGAACUCACCCCAGCUGGGAGUUUUCAGUGGCAACACAGCCCUCGAAACGGCAUAUAGUUCCACCAACCAAGUCUUGCUCAAGUUCCACAGCGACUUUUCAAAUGGAGGCUUCUUUGUCCUCAAUUUCCACGCAUUUCAGCUCAAGAAAUGUCAACCUCCCCCAGCGGUUCCACAGGCAGAAAUGCUUACUGAGGAUGAUGAUUUUGAAAUAGGAGAUUUUGUGAAGUACCAGUGCCACCCCGGGUACACCUUGGUGGGGACCGACACUCUGACCUGCAAGCUCAGUUCCCAGUUGCAGUUUGAAGGUUCUCUCCCAACAUGUGAAGGUUCUUCUGGGCAAAGUCCUCUCCUAGUAGUCUUAAGUGGGAAUCAUACUGAACAAUCAAAUUUUACAAGCAGGAGUAAUCAGUUAUAUCUCCGCUGGUCCACUGACCAUGCCACCAGUAAGAAAGGAUUCAAGAUUCGCUAUGCAGCACCUUACUGCAGUCUGACCCACCCCUUGAAGAACGGGGGUAUUCUAAACAGGACUGCAGGAGCGGUCGGAAGCAAAGUGCAUUAUUUUUGCAAGCCUGGAUACCGAAUGAUCGGCCACAGCAACGCAACCUGUAGACGAAACCCACUUGGCAUGUACCAGUGGGACUCCCUCACGCCCCUCUGCCAGGCUGUGUCCUGUGGAAUCCCAGAAUCCCCAGGAAAUGGUUCAUUUACCGGGAACGAGUUCACUUUGGACAGUAAAGUGGUCUAUGAAUGUCACGAGGGCUUCAAGCUUGAACCCAGCCAGCAAGCAACAGCCGUGUGUCAAGAAGAUGGGCUGUGGAGUAACAAGGGGAAGCUGCCCACUUGUAAGCCGGUCCCUUGCCCCAGCAUUGAAACUCAGCUCUCAGAACAUGUCAUCUGGAGGCUGGUUUCAGGAUCCUUGAAUGAGUAUGGCGCUCAAGUAUUGCUGAGCUGCAGUCCUGGUUACUACUUAGAGGGCCGGAGGCUUGCGCAGUGCCAGGCCAAUGGGACGUGGAACAUAGGAGACGAGAGGCCAGGCUGUCGAGUUAUCUCGUGUGGAAGUCUUUCCUUUCCCCCAAAUGGCAACAAGAUUGGAACGCUGACAGUUUAUGGGGCCACAGCUAUAUUUACGUGCAACACUGGCUACACACUUGUGGGAUCUCAUGUCAGAGAGUGCUUGGCAAAUGGGCUCUGGAGUGGCACCGAAACUCGAUGUCUGGCUGGCCACUGCGGUUCCCCAGACCCAAUUGUGAAUGGUCACAUUAGUGGAGAUGGUUUCAGUUACAGAGACACUGUGGUUUACCAGUGCAAUCCUGGUUUCCGGCUCGUGGGAACUUCCGUGAGGAUAUGCCUGCAAGACCAUAAGUGGUCUGGACAAACGCCUGUCUGUGUCCCCAUCACAUGUGGUCACCCUGGAAACCCUGCCCACGGAUUCACUAAUGGCAGCGAGUUCAACCUGAAUGACGUCGUGAAUUUCACCUGUAACACGGGCUAUUUGCUGCAGGGCGCGUCUCGAGCCCAGUGUCGGAGCAACGGCCAGUGGAGUAGCCCUCUGCCCACGUGUCGAGCUAUAUCAUGCGGACACCCAGGGGUCCCUGCCAAUGCCAUCCUGACUGGAGAGCUGUUUACAUACGGCGCCACCGUGCGCUACUCAUGCAGAGGGAGCCAGAGUCUCAUAGGCAAUGACACGAGAGUGUGCCAGGAAGACAGUCACUGGAGCGGGGCACUGCCCCACUGCACAGGAAAUAAUCCUGGAUUCUGUGGUGAUCCGGGAACCCCAGCACAUGGGUCUCGGCUUGGGGAUGAAUUUAAGACAAAGAGUCUUCUCCGCUUCUCCUGUGAAAUGGGGCACCAGCUGAGGGGCUCCCCUGAACGCACGUGUUUGCUCAAUGGGUCAUGGUCAGGACUGCAGCCGGUGUGCGAGGCUGUGUCCUGUGGCAACCCUGGCACGCCCACCAACGGAAUGAUCGUCAGUAGUGAUGGCAUUCUGUUCUCCAGCUCGGUCAUCUAUGCCUGCUGGGAAGGCUACAAGACUUCAGGGCUCAUGACGCGGCAUUGCACAGCCAAUGGGACCUGGACAGGCACUGCUCCCGACUGCACAAUUAUAAGUUGUGGGGAUCCAGGCACACUAGCAAAUGGCAUCCAGUUCGGGACCGACUUCACCUUCAACCAGACUGUGAGCUAUCAGUGUAACCCUGGCUAUCUCAUGGAACCGGUCACAUCCGCCACUAUUCGCUGUACCAAAGACGGCACAUGGAAUCAGAGCAAACCCGUCUGCAAAGCCGUGCUGUGUCCUCAGCCGCCACCCGUGCAGAAUGGAACAGUGGAGGGGACUGAUUUCCGCUGGGGCUCCAGCAUAAGUUACAGCUGCGUGGACGGUUACCAGCUCUCUCACUCUGCCAUCCUCUCCUGUGAAGGUCGCGGGGUGUGGAAAGGAGAGGUCCCCCAGUGCCUGCCUGUGUUCUGCGGAGACCCUGGCAUCCCCGCCGAAGGGCGACUUAGUGGGAAAAGUUUCACCUAUAAGUCCGAAGUCUUCUUCCAGUGCAAAUCUCCAUUUAUACUCGUGGGAUCUUCAAGAAGAAUCUGCCAAGCUGACGGCAUGUGGAGCGGCAUACAACCUGCGUGCAUUGAUCCUGCUCAUAACACCUGCCCAGACCCUGGCACGCCACACUUUGGAAUACAGAAUAGCUCCAGAGGCUAUGAGGUUGGAAGCACGGUUUUUUUCAGGUGCAGAAAAGGCUACCAUAUUCAAGGUUCCACGACUCGCACCUGCCUUGCCAAUUUAACAUGGAGUGGGAUACAGACCGAAUGUAUACCUCAUGCCUGCAGACAGCCAGAAACCCCGGCGCACGCAGACGUGAGAGCCAUCGAUCUUCCUACUUUCGGCUACACCUUAGUGUACACUUGCCAUCCAGGCUUCUUCCUCGCAGGUGGAUCUGAGCACAGAACCUGUAAAGCAGACAUGAAAUGGACAGGAAAGUCGCCUGUGUGUAAAAUUCCUUCAGACGUCUUUUUCGUCAAUUCAGUGUGGAAGGGAUAUUAUGAAUAUUUAGGGAAAAGGCAACCCGCCACUCUAACUGUUGACUGGUUCAAUGCCACAAGCAGUAAGGUGAAUGCCACCUUCAGUGAAGCCUCGCAAGUGGAGCUGAGGUUGACAGGCGUUUACAAGAAGGAGGAGGCCCACUUACUCCUAAAAGCUUUUCAAAUUAAAGGUCCGGCAGAUAUUUUUGUAAGCAAGUUUGAAAAUGACAACUGGGGACUAGAUGGUUACGUAUCAUCUGGACUUGAAAGAGGAGGAUUUACCUUUCAAGGUGACAUUCAUGGAAAAGACUUUGGAAAAUUUAAGCUAGAAAGGCAAGAUCCCUUAAACCCAGAUCAAGACUCUUCGAAUCAUUACCACGGCACCAGCAGUGGCUCUGUGGCGGCUGCCAUUCUGGUUCCUUUCUUUGCUCUAAUUUUAUCAGGGUUUGCAUUUUACCUCUACAAACACAGAACGAGACCAAAAGUUCAAUACAAUGGCUAUGCUGGGCAUGAAAACAGCAAUGGACAAGCAUCGUUUGAAAACCCCAUGUAUGAUACAAACUUAAAACCCACAGAAGCCAAGGCUGUGAGGUUUGACACAACUCUGAACACAGUCUGUACAGUGGUAUAGCCCUCAGUGCCCCAACAGGACUGAUUCAUAGCCAUACCUCUGAUGGACAAGCAGUGAUUCCUUUGGUGCCAUAUACCACUCUCCCUUCCACUCUGGCUUUACUGCAGCGAUCUUCAACCUUGUCUACUGGCAUACGUGCAGCGGGGAUCUCUACUGAAAUGUGCCAGAGUCUUCUGCGGAUCAAAGUACACCUGCGUUUUCAUUCCGAAAGUGGGUUCUAAAUGCCUGGCUGCACCUGUCUGAAAUCAAGGCACACUCCAGGAAGACUGCCACGUCACGCCGACACGUCGUACUCAAUGCCUCAGACUUUCGUAUUUCUGUGUUGCUGGGAUGCCUUUCAAUGCAAUCUUCUGGGCUCGUGGAUCUGUCCUUCGGGUGCGGUGACAAAAUGGUAGCACCACAAUAUGUGUUCUCUUGUGCGUGUGUGUGUGUGGUUUUUUUUAACCCCCAUGAACGUGAAUACUUUGAGAAAAAUAAAACAAGCUUUCUGGAAGAAGACACCUUUCUGAUAGAGGCACACACCUACAAAGGCUUCACUCUGUCCUUCCGAGACCUGGCAAGCUUUGAGGACCUCACGGCUCCCCUGUGUGUUCAUCUCUAGGGAUGUCUGCAAAUUUCCCAAUCAGCUGUUCUGUCGCAGAAUGUUUGAUGCACAAUUUUUUGCACUAGUGUGUUAUGAAUGACUGCAUAAGAUUCUGAUAAAAAAUAAAUUAUUUACACAGGGUUUAUACACA